AUGUGUCCUCUGACUUCAGGUGUCUCUUCUUAUCUCUGCCUCUCUUCGGAGCUCAGAAAGCCUCUGGUGGAGAAGUUACGCAGAGAGAGAAUCAACAGCAGCAUCGAGCAGCUCAAGUCUCUCCUGGGUCCAGAGUUCCUCAACCAGCAGCCAGACUCCAAGCUGGAGAAAGCAGACAUUCUGGAGAUGACCGUUUGCUUCAUGACACAGCUGCUGCAGCAGAACCAGCAGCAGAGAAGACUGAUGAAGCACGUCCACAAGCUGCAGUCUUCCUCUGAGGAGAAGCUGAGAGAGGCUGACUUCUCUCCUCUGAGCUCCACAGUCCACAGCAGCAUCACCAAAGACAAGAGUCCAGUCAGCAGCGCCCCCUGGAGGCCGUGGUAG